AUGAAACCAGUAGGAGAAAUAAAAACUAUAUUGACAUUAGAUUAUUUCACUAUAGAAACAGAGUUCAUAGUGAUAGAUAAGGUGUACAAGAGUAGGUCGAUAAUAGGACUACCAAUACUUAAGGAAUUAAAAUUAAUAAAAAAUGUAGAUUUGAUAGCAACAAAACAUAACAAUGAGUUGAACCAAAAUAAAUUUGUGGAAAUGAACUUAGAUGUGUUUGAAGGUGUAGGUUGUUUCCCUGAUGUAUGUAGUCUUAAAUUGAAAGAAGGGAUAAUACCAAAAGCUAGUAUAGCUAGAAGAGUACCUAUUAAAAUUAAAGAUAAAUUAAAAUUAAAAUUAGAAGAACUUGUAAAAAAAAAUAUAAUAACACCAAUGGAUGAACCAAGUGAGUGGGUAAAUAAUUUGGUAGUAGUACAAAAACCAGAUUCAUCGCUUAGAAUUUGUCUAGAUCCAAAAGAAUUAAAUAACUGUCUAGUAAGAGAACAAUAUCCAGUACCAACGUUAGAAGAAAUUACUCCAAAAUUAAUAAACAAAAAAUAUUAUAGUGUGCUUGACUUAAGAGAUGGAUAUUAUCAUAUCAAAUUAGAUGAAAAAUCGAGUAAGUACUGCACAUUUAGCACACCGUUUGGUAAUUUUAGGUUCUUAAGGUUAGCAUUUGGAUUGAGUGUAGCACCAGAACUGUUUAUGAAACAAAAUGAAAAAUACCUUGGAGAUAUAGAGGGUGUAAAUUAUCUAUUUUGA